AUAUUUAAUAGCCGCGCCGAUGCCGUACCGUGCGCUCGUCUGCAGUCGCGCCGCGCUUCGUCACAACCGUCCGGUCGCCGUCGCCGCGUAGUAGUCGUCGUCUGCCCAGUGUCGCCGUUGCCGUCGUAUUCGUGUUCGUCGUCUCCGCGUCCGUGCGACUCUGCAGUGAUUUUUAUAAUAUUAGACAUUUUACCAUACACCGCCGUUACCGCCGUUUCGCGGUCCUUUGUUUCGUUGUUAUUCUCGUACAAGUGUUAUACAAUCGUAUUACCCGCGCAAUGAUGGUGUUGGACUCGGGACAAGCGUCCCCGUCGUUACGGCUGUACGCCGCGGCAGCCGCGGCCGCGGCCAACAGUUACGGAGGUGCGGCCGGCGCGACGUCCGGAGGCGCUGGCCAACAGGCCGGUGGCGGUACAGGAGGCGUCCAGAUGCCGCCGCAUCCUCUGUUCCCGCACUUUGCUGCCCGUUUCCCGCACGGCAUGGCGUCCGCGGCCAGUUUCGCGGCCGCCGGCCUCUCGCCGUUCCUCCAGCAGCACCACGUCGAGCACGCGGCCGCUCAGCGAUACGCGAUCGCUGCAGCCGCGGCCGCGGCCGCAGCAAGGAACAACACUGUCGCCGGCCACGUUAUGUCCGCGGCAGUGCAUCAACACCAGCAACAGCAACAGCAACAACAACACCACCAACACCUCCACCACCGGCCCAACUCGGAACCCGCGGGCAAGAAACGGCCGCACCACCAGCAACAGCAGCAACAGCAGCAGCAGCAGCAGCACCAAUUACUGCUGCAACAGCAACAGCAGCAGCAGCAACAACAACAGCUUCAGCAGCAGCAACAGCACAGGAUUAUUAAUAUGUCGGGAAAUCAUAGUGAUGACAGUGCCUCCGAAAACGGAUCGCCCAAGAAAGGCGGGGCUGACGGAGACAGCGCAGCGGGCAGUCCGGAAGACCUGGCCAACAAACGGCGAAGGUCCAGAACAAAUUUCAACACGUGGCAGCUGGAAGAGCUGGAACGGGCUUUUUUGGCCAGCCACUACCCCGACGUGUUCAUGAGGGAGGCUUUAGCCCUGCGGUUGGACCUCAAGGAGUCCAGAGUGGCUGUAUGGUUUCAAAACCGACGAGCGAAAUGGCGGAAAAAGGAACACACCAAAAAGGGACCGGGUCGACCGGCGCACAACGCACAUCCGGUGACUUGUUCCGGAGAGCCGAUACCCGCGGACGAGUUACGGCGCAAGGAGCGCGAACGGCGGCAGAAAAAGUUGCUCAAGAGCUUGGAACGACAACAGAGGAAGUUGGCUGCCAAAGGGGUGCACGUUGACUUGGACACUCUGCGCAAGGAAUGGGAGUCUCAGCAAGCCAACAACGCGGCCAAAAAACACGGUCACAUGGAUUGCGGAGUCGUCGGCGGUGGAAUGGAUGGAAUCGGUGGAUCGUCGAACGCCGGCAUGGAUCUGUCUUUCCACGACUCGUCGAGCUGUUGCAGCGGACAGACGAGCCGCGACGAGGAGAUCGACGUGGUCGGCGAAGAGGACCACCUGCUGCACCAUCACCACCAACACCAACACCACCACAGGAUGUUGCACCACAGGCGGAGCGCCAGUACGACGUUCGACGACGACGACGACGAUGACGAUUUGGACGAGGACGAGGACGAGGGACUGCCGCCGUACGCGCGCGCCGCUGCGGCCGCGGCGGCGGCGGUGGCCGCAGUGGCCGCCGCUUGCCGGGGCAACGAGAGCUGUAGUUCGGACGAGGAAUUCGGCGGCGGGCGCCUGUACAGGCGGCCACCGAACGCGGACGGGGAUUCGUCGCCGCCGCCGCCGCUGCUGAACCUGACCACUUCGUCGACGGCCACCGCGGACAAGGCCCGUCGUCUGAACCCGUUCAGUAUCGAAUCCCUGUUGGCCGGCGGCAAUCGGCCGUUCAGCAUCACCGCCGCUCACGUCAACAACAUCAACAACAACAACAUCAACAACAACAAUAACAACAACAACAACAACAACAACAACAACAAAGUGUGAACUCCCUACCACGUACCUCACACAUUCCCACCGUCGGUUGGCAUAAACGUGUUCGUCGUCAUCGUCAAAUCAACGCAGGUUCCUAUAAUAAUGACGUAAUAAUAUUAUGGAAUAAUACAGUCGAGUCCCGAUAACUCGAAUCUCAAAGGCAAUAAACAUAAUGUUUUGACUUGUAUAUUUUUCGAGUUACAUACACCUCCCUAAAACACAACUUGAAAACCCCACAGGGGGCUAGUAAGAAAUUCGAGUCAUUGAGACUCGACUGUAAACGUUUUUAGAUAUUCAAUUUUAUCUCAGAUCAAUGACCUAUCAUAUUACAUAACAAUUUAUCCUUAAAAUUACGUUUUUUUUCUCUUUAAAUUAUUUGAUUUUUAUCCUGGAGACUGCAGCAGCAGCUGUGUACAUCGCAUAACAAACUAUAUUAUGUAUAAUAACACUCGGCUGCAGGCGAACAAUAGAUCGUCGUACAUAAAAUAUAAUGUGUAUAAUACAUACGUUACCAUGUUCAAUUUUUGUUUAUAUGUUUUUAUUAUUUUCGAAAAUUUUCAUUCGAGUUUGAAUCGUUCUUGUACUUCAUAUAUUAUUACGCCGUAGGUAGGUGUAAUACUGUCGUAUCGUACAAAUAAGUGCCACGGAGAUUCGACCCGACGACAGGUUCGCGAUUUUUGUCAAUCACUUUAUUAUUAUUAUUAUUAUUUGUUAUACCUACAAUAAAUGAUAAAUCAUUAUAUAUUCGUGUACCACCUGCCUGCGAUUUGAUGACAGCGAUCAGGGAACUCCGUCCGUAAGGUACCUGUAUCGACGACGACGAAAUGCGAAAAUACGUUAGAACCCGUGUGGAUUAAUAUCACACAUUAAAUUAUGUUGUAAUACGUCAUAUUUUUUAUUUACUGUUCUCUGUACAGAUCUAUAUUAACCCCCGUCCGUUAUAAACAGCCCAUUAGUAAGUAUGACAAGAAUCUAGUCAAUAAUA